UUAUUCACUUCCGGGUGCAACCAAUCAGGCGCCAUCUUGUCUUGUUCGUGAAGAAGUAGAAGCAUCGAAAGGUUUGGAGAGGUAUUACAGGAACUGUGGCGACAACGGGGUUCCGGAACCAGAGUGGGGCAUAAGUAAUCUUGCUGCUAUGCUUCCAAGCUGUAGUCUGAAUCAACCCAAAUUUUAAACAGAAGGUGAACCUCUGAGAUAGAAAAUCAAAUAUAUUUUAAAAAGUCAGGAUGUGGGAUCAAGGAGGACAGCCUUGGCAGCAAUGGCCCUUGAACCAACAACAGUGGAUGCAGUCGUUCCAGCACCAGCAAGAUCCAAGUCAGAUUGACUGGGCUGCAUUGGCUCAAGCUUGGAUUGCUCAAAGAGAAGCUUCAGGGCAGCAAAGUAUGGUAGAACAACCACCAGGAAUGAUGCCAAAUGGACAAGAUAUGUCUACAAUGGAAUCUGGUCCAAACAAUCAUGGGAGUUUUCAAGGGGAUUCAAACUUUAACAGAAUGUGGCAACCAGAAUGGGGAAUGCAUCAGCAGCCCCCACACCCCCCUCCAGAUCAGCCAUGGAUGCCACCAACACCAGGCCCAAUGGACAUUGUUCCUCCUUCCGAAGACAGCAACAGUCAGGACAGUGGGGAAUUUGCCCCUGACAACAGGCAUAUAUUUAACCAGAACAAUCACAACUUUGGUGGACCACCCGAUAAUUUUGCAGUGGGGCCAGUGAACCAGUUUGACUAUCAGCAUGGGGCUGCUUUUGGUCCACCGCAAGGUGGAUUUCAUCCUCCUUAUUGGCAACCAGGACCUCCAGGACCUCCAGCACCUCCCCAGAAUCGAAGAGAAAGGCCAUCAUCAUUCAGGGAUCGGCAGCGUUCACCUAUUGCACUUCCUGUGAAGCAGGAGCCUCCACAAAUUGAUGCAGUAAAACGCAGGACUCUUCCAGCUUGGAUUCGAGAAGGUCUUGAAAAAAUGGAACGUGAAAAGCAGAAGAAGUUGGAGAAAGAAAGAAUGGAACAACAACGUUCACAAUUGUCCAAAAAAGAGAAGAAGGCCACAGAAGAUGCUGAAGGAGGAGAUGGCCCUCGUUUACCUCAGAGAAGUAAAUUUGAUAGUGAUGAGGAAGAUGAAGACACUGAAAAUGUUGAGGCUGCAAGUAGUGGAAAAGUCACCAGAAGUCCAUCUCCAGUUCCUCAGGAAGAGCACAGUGAACCAGAGAUGACUGAAGAAGAGAAAGAGUAUCAAAUGAUGUUGCUGACAAAAAUGCUUCUGACUGAAAUUCUACUGGAUGUCACAGAUGAAGAAAUUUAUUACGUAGCCAAAGAUGCACACCGGAAAGCAACGAAAGCUCCUGCAAAACAGCUGGCACAGUCCAGUGCACUGGCUUCCCUCACUGGACUCGGUGGACUGGGUGGUUAUGGAUCAGGAGACAGUGAAGAUGAGAGGAGUGACAGAGGCUCUGAGUCAUCUGACACUGAUGAUGAGGAGUUACGGCACCGAAUCCGGCAAAAACAGGAAGCUUUUUGGAGAAAAGAAAAAGAACAGCAGCUGUUACAUGAUAAACAGAUGGAAGAAGAAAAGCAACAAACAGAAAGGGUUACAAAAGAGAUGAAUGAAUUUAUCCAUAAAGAGCAAAAUAGUUUAUCACUACUAGAAGCAAGAGAAGCAGACGGUGAUGUGGUUAAUGAAAAGAAAAGAACUCCAAAUGAAACUACGUCAGUUUUAGAACCAAAAAAAGAGCAUAAAGAAAAAGAGAAACAAGGAAGGAGUAGAUCAGGAAGUUCUAGUAGUGGUAGUUCCAGUAGCAAUAGCAGAACUAGUAGUACUAGUAGUACUGUCUCUAGCUCUUCAUACAGUUCUAGCUCAGGUAGUAGUCGCACUUCUUCUCGGUCUUCUUCUCCUAAAAGGAAAAAGAGACAUAGCAGGAGUAGAUCUCCAACAAUUAAAGCUAGACGGAGUAGAAGUAGAAGUUACUCUCGCAGAAUUAAAAUAGAGAGCAAUAGGGCUAGAGUCAAGAUUAGAGAUAGGAGAAGAUCUAAUAGAAAUAGCAUUGAGAGAGAAAGACGAAGAAAUCGGAGUCCUUCUCGAGAGAGACGUAGAAGUAGAAGUCGCUCAAGGGAUAGGCGAACUAAUCGGUCCAGUCGCAGUAGGAGUCGAGAUAGGCGUAAAAUUGACGAUCAACGUGGAAAUCUUAGUGGGAGCAGUCAUAAGCAUAAAGGUGAGGCUAAAGAACAGGAGAGAAAAAAGGAGAGGAGCCGAAGUAUAGAUAAAGAUAGGAAAAAGAAAGACAAAGAAAGGGAACGUGAACAGGAUAAGAGAAAAGAGAAACAAAAAAGGGAAGAAAAAGAUUUUAAGUUCAGUAGUCAGGAUGAUAGGUUAAAAAGGAAACGAGAAAGCGAAAGAACAUUCUCUAGGAGUGGUUCUAUAUCUGUUAAAAUCAUCCGACAUGAUUCUAGACAGGAUAGUAAGAAAAGUACUACCAAAGAUAGUAAAAAACAUUCAGGCUCUGAUUCUAGUGGAAGGAGCAGUUCUGAAUCUCCAGGAAGUAGCAAAGAAAAGAAGGCUAAGAAGCCUAAACAUAGUCGAUCGCGAUCCAUGGAGAAAUCUCAAAGGUCUGGUAAGAAGGCAAGCCGCAAACACAAGUCUAAGUCCCGAUCAAGGUAGUAUACUUUUUAAAGUAUUUUGUCUGAUUUUUAAAAAAAUUUGACUGAAUUUAUUCAAAGUUGAAAGUGUCCUUUCUCUCUCUCUCUUUAAUAAACUCAGUUUGGUACUUGAUAAAUGAUCAUAGUCUUAAGUAACUUUAGAAAUCCUAUAUAAUAAUAUUUAUUUAAAAAUUGCAGAUUCUUUAGUUUAAAAUACAUUUUUAUUUUUAAAUUUGUCUUUUCCCUUUUUUUUUCCAGAUCAACAACCCCUCCCCGUCGUAAACGCUGAGGAAUGAUGUGGCAAGGAUGCCAUGAUGUUUAAAAAAUUCCAUGAGUUUUAAGGGCUUGUCUCAUUAUAGAGGCACAUUGUGGCUGUGUAGGUGAAACCAGAAUCUUUUUUUUUUUUUUUUUAAAUCUGUAAAUAGGUGUACUUUUUCCAAAUGCUGCUCCAAGUUACUUAAUAGGAUUUCUUUGUAUUACAUUUUUUUCAAAAAAUAGUGCUUAAUAAGACUAUAAACAUGCCAUUCUCUUUCAGCUGUAAUGUUCUUAAAAUUAUUCUUGAAUGUACUGUGAUGUCAAUAAAGCUCUUCAGUUCAUUUUUGUUAA